UGCUUUCAGAAAUAUACAGAGAGCAUUAGCACCCCCUAGUGGUAGAGGUGACUCCUUCUGGCUCACGCACUUUAAUACAAGAUCACAAAAUGCGGUGGUAAGUGAUUUAAAUGUUCGGGAGAUGGGGCUAUUGUAAAGUGUACUGAAUGCACAGGGAUUCAAUUUAACAAGUCAGUUUAACUUACAGUAACGUUUUGCUCGGCAUUUGCCUGGAGUCUGAUUUUCACUCAGAACUCCUUUUAUAAUAUAUUUAGCUGCAGAAUUACAUGGUAAAACAGUCAUUUAUCUUAGACCCAAAUGAUCCAGCACUCUGAAUGGGAUUAAAAUGUCUUUUAUAUUUGUAAACUUUUACCACUUGUGAGGGAACAAGAGAAUGGCGCUCAUAAAAUUGUAGUACAAAUAUUUAACUGUAGAAGUAAAAAAAAAAAAAAAAAAAAAAAAAUGGAGUCAGAGGCAAGUUUGUUCAUAGGUUCACACAUUACAUUACACAUUCACAUACAUUCUGACGAUGUAUUAGCCUGUCCUAACGAGGACAUAUGCUACUAGACAGAAGACGCGUUUACUCUUACUCAUUCCUACUAUGUCCCACUGAAGGAAGAGGGUAACGAUAGCCUAAACCGGGCCGACCGAGGGUUCCCUGACGAUGAGAAGCACACAGUGACUUAAGGUCUUCAUAUGAAGCAAAACAUUUCUGUAGCUGAAGCUGAAGUAUUAUGGGGCAUCCCGUUAUCCCUUUCUCACUACGAGAACACGUGUAAUCGCAGCGCUUUUUCCUUACAAAAAAAAAAAAACACGCCCCAGUCGAUGAGGUAGCUUAUAUAGAUCUCCGGGUAGUCCCAGACGGUGGCUCCGCGCAGCAAUCCAAACCCAUCUCCACUUGUACCUGUGCACUCUCGCAAUGAAGCCAGGAGAGUGAGCAGCCUCACAACGCAGGACAGGAUCAAGAAUACAACAGAAGCAGUUUAUAUGGGAACUACAAAGCGCUUUUAUGGAUUCCUACACUACUGAUCUGGUAUUGCUUGGACAAUGACUUUACUUAGCUGAAAAAAGUUGCACUUGGUUUUCGCACACUUUAAACUGUGAGGAUCAUCAUGUGCAGAAAAACGCGACGCUGGAUAUUCCGUGUAUUUCUAUGUCUUGGAAUUAUUUACUUGAAAAUUGGUGGCUUCUCUUCUGUCGUGGCCCUGGGAGCAAGCAUAAUAUGUAACAAGAUUCCCGGGUUGGCGCCUCGACAGCGGAUCAUCUGCCAAAGUCGACCCGAUGCCAUUAUAAUCAUUGGAGAAGGAAUUCAGAUGGGGAUAAACGAAUGUCAGUACCAAUUCAGAAACGGACGUUGGAAUUGUUCUGCGUUGGGAGAGAGAACCGCCUUCGGGAAAGAAUUGAAAGUGGGAAGUAAAGAGGCGGCCUUCACCUACGCCAUCAUAGCUGCAGGGGUGGCCCACGCCAUCACGGCGGCCUGCACCCAGGGCAACCUGAGCGACUGCAGCUGCGACAAGGAGAAGCAGGGGUUCUACGGCCGCGGGGACGGAUGGAAGUGGGGCGGGUGCUCGGCGGACGUGCGCUAUGGCAUCGGGUUCUCCAAGGUGUUCAUCGACGCCCGGGAGAUCAAGCAGAACUCACGCACGCUCAUGAAUUUGCACAACAACGAGGUGGGACGCAAGGCUCUGGAAAGAAACAUGCGCCUAGAAUGCAAGUGCCACGGAGUGUCUGGGUCGUGCACCACCAAAACCUGCUGGACUAAGCUGCCCAAGUUCCGGGAGCUGGGCUACACGUUAAAGGACAAGUACACGCAGGCCUUGCACGUGGAGCCGGUGAAGGCCAGUCGCAACAAACGGCCGACGUUUCUCAAGAUCAAAAAGCCCUUCUCCUACCGCAAGCCCAUGGACUCGGACCUCGUGUACACCGAGAGGUCGCCUAACUACUGCGAGCCGGACCCGCUGACGGGCAGCGUGGGCACGCAGGGGCGCAUCUGCAAUAAGACCCUGCAGCACCACACCAACGGCUGCGACCUCAUGUGCUGCGGGCGCGGGUACAAUACGCACCAGUACUCACGCGUGUGGCAGUGCAACUGCAAGUUCCUAUGGUGCUGCUACGUCAAGUGCAACACCUGCAGCGAGAGGACAGAGGUGUACACGUGCAAAUGAACAGGCUUACUUUCUUUUCCUACCUUCCCUCUCUACCAUGCACGGUAAGCAUGUUUGCUACCUGUUGGCAGGUGUGGGUUUUUUUUAGGCAGGAGUAGAUUUCUGAAUGGACGAUGUUUGGUGAUUUGAUCCUUCCAUCCCCUGGAAAUAGAUAUUUGUCGACCCUUUUUUAUUUUCAUUUUUUUUGUGUGCAUUGAGGGAGCUGGGUUAUACAGGAGGAAGUCUGGAUCUGAAAAGCUGGAUCGUACAGCACUCAAGCAGCAUCCGUGUACAUGUGGUGCCCCCUCGGGAUGGCACAGCCGUUAGGUCCUCAUGUGUUUUGUGGUACAUGUUGGUGCGUUGCAAAAGGGCUGUCUCAAUGGGCACUGACUGCUGGACAGAAAGACAGCCUGCCAUUGAUUGAUUUAUGCAUGUACAGUUGUCUAGAGUCGUAAUGUCUAUAAAUACUUUGAUGGGAAAACCAUUCAAUGGAAACAGUUGCAAUGGAAUAUAGCAAUGAUGGGACUAUUUAACUGUUGAUGUAGACACUCAAAUGAUAAUUAAUUUAUUUAACGAGGAAACUACUGAUUUCUUGUUCUAUGAAAUGAGCUAUGUUUGAAUAGACAUGCUACAACAUUAUUGCUUACAGUAAUAGAGAAACACUGGAACUGGCGAUAUGCUACUGAUACAUACCGGCCCAUUUGGCCAGUUGGGUCCAACAAUGGCUUUCUCUCAUUGGUCUUCUCCUUCCGUUGCUGCUAGUUUGGGAGUCUGCAUAUGCUAUAACUUAGAACCAAUGGUCACAGCUCUGACACUGGUUGUCAAACGACAACAUGAUUUAUCAUACUGGAAGUAGUAGAUAAACUCAGACACAUUGUCUUUUGUUUUGAAAAUGUUAGUUGAGACUGGGAGUAUAUUUUGUGAAAGAAUAUUUUUAUAUGAAUGUUUUAUUUAUACUUUACUACUUUGCGUCUCAUAACACCACACUGUACUGAGUGCUCUCUCUUUCUACUGUUGCAGCCCAAAUGAAAUUAAGGGUGACAUUAAAGGCUGGUAUUGAUAAACGUA